AUGGAACCAAUUUACUUUGAUGAAAAUAUAGUUCCGAGUGAACAAGAUGUUAUUCCAAAUGAGCAAGAUAUUCUGACUGAACAAUAUAUGAUUUCAAGUGAAAAAGAUAUGACUCUGAGUGGUGUUGGUAACAGUAUUUAUACUGGAACCGAUGUUUCUGCACAAUCUAACAUGAAUCCUUUUAUGAAACAUACUAGCCCCGUUAUUUCUGCACAAUCUAACAUGAAUCCUUUUAUGAAACAUACUAGCCCCGUUAUUUUCGACACAACUUCACUUAAUAUGAAUUCCAUACCCGAUCUAUCUUUAUCUAACACGUUACCUAUGUAUACAAAUAAUCCUUUGAAUCCCAAUUUAUCUACACCUUACGAAAAAUAUUCAGCAAAAACAGACUUUAAUACCAAUAAUGCAUUUAAUGACAAAAUCGACUUUAAUGUUAAUAAUGCAUUUAAUAACGAAACAUCACCGAAUUUACCAAUUGUAAUACCUAUGUAUACAAAUAAUCCUUUGAAUCCCAAUUUAUCUUCACCAUUAUACAAACAAUAUUUAGCAAAAACAGACUUUAAUGCCAAUAAUGCAUUUAAUGACGAAAUCUACUUUGUUAAUAAUGCAUAUAAUGACGAAAUCAACUUUGUUAAUAAUGCAUUUAAUGACAAAAUCGACUUUAAUGUUAAUAAUGCAUUUAAUAACCAAACAUCACCAAAUUUACCAAUCGUAAACACAUCCACUA